AUGGAUGCUCCACCAGAAUACAGAGCUCCAAAAUCCAGUCAGAAACGACGGACAAAAGGAAGUAAAAGUAGUCAACAGAAGCAGCAAGCUCAGAAUGAUUUCAAUUUGCAAAAUCAGCAGCAGCAGCAAUUUAUGCAAAACCUUGGUCAGCCAGAUAUGUUCUAUACAGGACAGGUUUUCACUCAAGGAAACUACGCAGGUCAGGUGCCAGGUGCUGCAUUAUUUCCAGGACAGCAGUUCCUGGGGGAUCCACUAGCAGGAAUGGCCAUGCAGUAUGGGCAGACUCUGGCGGGACAGGGAAAAGACUUGGUCAAUCAGAAUAUACAAAAAUAUAUGGCCUCAUCCAAACUGAAGUACUACUUUGCAGUUGAUACAGCUUAUGUUGGCAAGAAGUUAGGUCUUUUAUUCUUUCCAUAUACCCAUGCGGAUUGGUCCGUGCAUUAUAACCAAGAUGAACCUGUAGCACCAAGAUAUGAGAUUAAUGCUCCAGACUUGUAUAUACCUGUGAUGGCAUUUGUAACAUACAUUUUAGUUGCUGGAAUGGUAUUAGGAAUACAAGGAAGGUUUACCCCAGAGCAGCUAGGGGGGCAGGCAAGUUCUGCGUUAGUCUGGUUGAUUAUUGAACUGGUAGCCUUCACACUUAGUCUCUACAUCCUGAACUUGAACACCUCCCUGAAGUACCUGGAUAUCAUCGCCUAUUGCAGUUACAAGUUUGUAGGGAUGACAGUCAGUUUACUAGCAGGAAUUAGCUUUGGUAGAGGAAUGUACUACUGUGUGUUGUUGUGGUUCUGCAUAUCGCUGGUAGUAUUUCUGAUGCGAACUCUCAAGAUUCAGAUUAUGCCACAUCAAAGUAAUGACAGCCUCACCAAGGGGGCUAAGAGAAGCCUUUACAUGAUAUUGUCAAUAUCGUUGGUGCAGCCUUGUCUAAUGUGGUGGUUGACAAGCUAUGUAAUGAUAUCCAAGAAAGCUACUUAA